CCCGAGGUUACUUUUGAGAGGCUUUCUUCUGCUCCAACUCCUGCGGCGGCUCAAUACUUCCACAACGAAAGCGGAGAAUGCAGCGACAUUGAGACCCAAAAUUCCAAAUCCGUUCGACAGCCAUCGCAGCCGAAGGCCUUAUUGGCCGAAUCCACACGUCAAACAAUCUCUCCACGGGAAGGAGGCGAUCACCGAGGCCGCUUCAGUGUUUUUGGAGUUCUUAGUCGACGCGAUAGACUUUCAUCGGCUGUCUUGGUGGGCUAAGGUCGGUGACGAUGACGAUGUCGUUCCAGCUGAGCCCAGGCUAAUUGAUACCCACGGCAUGGUAGAUAUAAAGGUUUCCCCCACUACUGUGGUUGAUAUGUAGUAUUCAACUUGUAUAUUCUCACCCAGUAAGUCUAUCGACAGGAACCACCUUUUUCUCCAAGACUCUACACGAAUUCUUGUUAUCCUACUCCAAACAAUCCGCCCACCAUGCCUACAGGAAGCUGUUUCUGCGGAAACCUCAAGAUUGAGUACUCAGGCGAGCCCGCCAUGACGGUGCUCUGCCACUGCGCCGACUGCCGCCACAUCUCUGGCGGUCUGUACAGCUACAAUGUCGUCGUGCCCAGCAGCGAGUUUAAGGUCACCAGCGGCACGCCAAAGGAGAUCUCCAAGACUGCCGACAGUGGGAAGUCCAUUACCAGUAACUUUUGUCCUGAAUGUGGAACCACCCUAUUCAGGUAUGGAGACUCGUUCGGCGGCAAAGACGGGAUGAGAAUCAUCAAGGCGGGAGUUCUGGAUGAUGUGAGUGUCGUGAACUCGGCCAAACCUACCGGCGAGCUGUAUUCCAACGAGCGCAUCCAGUGGGUUGAACCAGUGCAAGGCGCGGACCAGACUAAGGGUAUGGGCUCUUAGUCCAGCCCAAAGAAGUAGAAAUGUAUGCCUACUAGACAGCCAGUCUACUAGACAUCUCAAA